AUGAGUACCAACGACAUGCUCGGUGUACCGCCGCUCUCAGGAACUUCGCAGCGGCUUAGUAAUGGGGAUGCUCAGCCUCCUUUGGCUGAGGCACCACUCACGGUUGGUGAACAGCGGGAGGCGGCUGUUACCCCACGCACGCCCUCGGUAGACCAGCAAGCAUCGCCCAAUUGCCCACACGCAUCCUCUGGGCUGGUGGAUGCACAAGACACCCGAGGGGUAGAUGGGCGUGGGCAGGAACCAAGUGAUCCGGGGAUGGACAGGGCAGUGGCGGCGUGGGAGGCGCAACGCCGGCACUUGCAGGAGCUGCAUAAUAGGCGGCGGCGCGAGCUUCCACUUGGUGCCACGGCAACAGAGUCGCCCGGCACUCUUGAAGCUUCAGUGGGUCCUAGCAGGGCUCCACUUGGACCGCGCUUGGCACGACGGCAGGAGCUGAGGCGUUUGUUGGUAGCUGGCACGGGCGGUCGGCAAGAGUGGGCGACGGCAGAGCAGGCGGAGUCGACAGCGGGGAGGCAGGAGGUGCAGGGGGCCCUGCUGGCGGAUGAGGGCCGGGAGUGCGGGGCAGGUGGGCAGCAGGGGGUGACGGAUGCAGGCCUGCCGGAAAAGGUGCUGAGGAGGCAGCCGAGCCGUCUGGCGGAGGGCCAGCUGGGCCUGCCGACAAAGGUCCAGGGGGAGUUACUCGAGGAGGAGCAUUGGGAGCGUAGGGAACAGGGACGGAAACCAGGGAGGGAGCAACCGGAAACGCUGUCGGCGAUGCAGCAGGGUCUGCCGGUGGCUGCAGGGGAGACUAGAGACAUCAAUCCCUUCCCGAAGGCACGAACGGGGGCGUCUCUAAAGGGAUGGGCUGGAGCUAUAGGGGAAACGGAUCAGAGAGGGCAGCAGCUGCGUGAGCUGGGCGCUCAGGCGCAGGGGCCCUUGGACGACCAACUGCCACGAGGCAAGGGCAGGAGGCGACGCGGAGGCCAGGGCAAGCAGCGGUCGGGCAAUCAGCAGGAUCAGCAGGCAGAGGGCGAGUUGGGGCGGCCGCUUACGAGCCAACGUCCGGGAGGCCAGCUGGUGCGACGGCGGCCACUGUCAGGGGAACAGGGAGUGACUGCAGCACCUGAGGGCGUGCAGCAGGCAGGGGGACAGCAGGGAGUGACUGCAGCACCCCAGGGCGUGCAGCAGGCAGGGGGACGACAGGGAGUGACUGCAGCACCUGAGGGCGUGCAGCAGGCAGGGGGACAGCAGGGAGUGAUUGCAGCACCUCAAGGCGUGCAGCAGGCAGCGGGACAGCAGGGAGUGACUGCAGCACCCCAGGGCAUGCAGCAAACAGCGGGACAGCAGGGAGUGACUGCAGCACCUGAGGGCGUGCAGCAGGCAGGGAGCAGGGACUGA